GGGCCCCCGCCAUGAGCGAUAGCGCCCGGCGCCUCGGGACCGACGGGACCGAGCCCCUCAGCCCACCUCCCACUGAGGGCGAGGACCCCCUCAGCUCCCCCAGAGGCUCGCCGCUCUCCCUCGCGUCCCGCUCCAGCUCCCCGGGCUGUGAGGACGAGGAGCGCGUGGCGGCCUCCCGCAGCCCGCAAGGCGAUAGGAGGGCUGAACACUCUGAAAUAGCAGGGGGGAGAAAAGUGUCGCCUUUGAAAGAUAACCUGUCACCAUGGGAAGAAUGGUUCAUUGGCAAAGAGGCAGAGCUGCGUUCCCGCUUACAAGCUAGAAUUGCAGAGGAAAUGAAUAAACAGCUUGAGAAAAUGAAGCAAAAUCAAGAGUGUGAAAGAAGAAAAAGGAUAGCUGAAGAGAAACACAAGGAGUGGGUCCAAAAAAAGAGAGAAGAGGAAAGAAGAGAAAGGAAACAAAAGCUGAGCAAAGAAAUGGUGGAAAAUGCCGCAAGGGAACUAGAAAAAAUGCAGCUACAAGAAAAGGCUGACAUAAAGUAUAAAGAAUGGUUAAAGAAGAAGAGAGCUGAAGAGGCAGAAAAGAAGAAAAAAGAGAAGGAAAAAGAAAAAGAACAGGAGGCUGAGCUACAGGAGAAGAGAACAAGAUCAGAGAAAAUCUUUAAGGAGUGGCUGCGAAAUUCUAGAAAUAAACCACUACCUGCUUUAAAUGGUUAUGGUUUCCCACAUGGGAAGUCUACAGGGAGUGCUGAUAGAAAUUUGUAUCCAGUUCCAGCAUAUUGUAACCCCAUUCCUUGGAAACCAGUACAUGUACCUCCUCCAAAGGAAGACAAUGUUCUUGCCGUGAAGAAGAGUAAGAGACCUGUAUCUUGUCAGCCACAUGCAUCUUUACCAAUGGUGAUUUCUAAGCCAAAGAGUAACCCUUGUAUUGGAUCCCUGUGCAGAAAGAAGUUAUAGUCCAGAAAAAAUGUUCUUACAGUCUUGAGCAAAUUGGGCCAUAAAUGUGAAGCUCUAUGUAGUUUUAUGUCCAAAGCAGAUUGCUUUGUGCCUUUAUUUUUUUAUUUCCAUUUUUGUGAGUAGGUUUUGUGUUUACUGCUAUUUGGCCAGUCAGGCUUUUUUGUGUUUUUUCUAUAUUGCAUUUUAGGUUUUGGUUUUGGUUUGUUUUUUUUGUGGGUUUUUUUUUUUAAAUUAAAAAAAAAAAAAUUGUAAUGGGACUGUACCUCAAUGCCAAUAAAAUGAACAGGACUGUUAUUUCCUUUCCUCUCUUGUUGUUGAAGAAGUUAUUUUGAAUAGAUAAUUAUUCUUUUGAGCAACAGUAUUAACUAGGUUAUUUUAAAGAUGCUAUUUGUAACAAAUUUUAACAAUUCCUGGCUUAAUGCAGAAGGAAUUCAAGGCCUGCAUCAGUUCCAGGGUUAUCAUGUCAUUGGGAUUACAGAGAUAUAGCGGGAUAGCUUACAUUGCUGGAGUACCACAACAAAUGGAUGCAGGCUCUUAAGGGAAACAGAGGCUGUUUGCUGGACCUGUACAAACCAGGGAGAGCUGGUCAGGGAUGUGAGUUUGGGACCAGUAAUGACAGGGUAGGUAGGUUGGUAGGGUGCACCUAAGAAUGCUGAGGAAGUGGCAAAUGUCAUUAUAAGGAUACACUCAAUUAUCUUUGAGAAGUCUGGUGGUAAGGGGAGGUUCCUGAGAACUAGAAGAAAGUGAAUGUCAACCCAGUCUUCAGGAAGGUUAUAUAUGCCAAACUAGAGUCUGCCUCACCUCAGUUACCUAGAUAGAUGAUGAAUGUGGCAAGUGCAGCCUCCUUGGCUGCUUGAGGAAGUGCAUUGCCCAACAAAGGAAAGAAGUCUCUUGUACCAUAACUAUUUGAGACCACAUUCGGAGUGCUAUGCCCAAUUCUGGGCAUGCCAGUAAAAGACUGACAUUGAUGUUCUGGAGCAAGCUCAGUGAAAGGCCAUGAAGAUGAUUAAAGGAUUGCAGCAUCUGACAAACAGAAGCUGAGAGAGCUGUGACUAUUCGCCAUGAAGGAGAGAAAGUUCAGUAAUGUCUGAGCAAUGUCUGUAAAUACUUGAUGGGUGGAGAGAGAGAGCAGACCCUUCUCAGUAGUGCCCAGUGAGAGGAGAGGCAGUGAGUGGAAAUCAAAAUACAGGAAAUUCCAUUUAAACAUGAGGCAAAU